AUGUCCGAGCUGCGGCAUACGGCGAACGCACAGAUCGCGCAGCUCCACGCUCGUUACACCGGCACUGGACACGCCGACAUCACGAAGUACGAGUGGAUAACGAACCAGCACCGCGACACCUCCUCCUCCAUCGUUGGACACCCGGCACUGCUGCAAUACCUCGCGAUUGCGGACGGCGAGACGACGGCGCGGACAAAGUUCGAGUUGACGGAGAGGAUGCUCCACCCGUGUGGACCGCCUCCGCCAAAGGAGGACGACUAG